UAUAUAAAACGUUUACUCUCUAGCAGAACCCGGUUAUUACUUUGACCACUCUCAAAGAACUCUCUUACAAUGAAAUCAAACGAUUCACAAAAUACAGUUGAGAAAAUCUAUCAGCCUUUUCGUGAGCAUGCCAAAACUUUAGCAGCCUGUGAUUUUAAGAAGUUAAACCCUCCACCUGUUCGAGUCCGGGCCUCUACCUUUUCUUGCAGACGUCCUUCCUUUAGAGGUUCUUUGAUCACGGAUGUGGAGAGGGUCCGUAACUUCUCCCUGUCCAAUCUUGGAAUAAAAAACAAAGGAGACAGUUUCCGAAAAAGCUCCGAACUCAUGGGGUCUCCCGGAAAAACAAAAUAUUCCAAGAGGAGAAGAAGUCUGAAGAAAGAACAGCAAUUUUACCCGAUCAGCGUGACUAUUGAUGAAAACAGCGAUGAUUUCAUUAGACCUAUAUGUAACAGUAUCGGUAAAGCCUACAACAAUAAAGGGGGAACUUUCAGAAUCAAAGUCAUCGGAGAUAAAUUGGUUGGGAAAACCAUGAUGAUCAAACAGAUGACAACAUCGGAGUUUGUGGGACUCCAAGAAACAACAGAAAAAUCUAAUUUCACCACGGUUCCGGUGUACUUAGACGGAGAAGAAUCUACCGUGGAAUUGGAGGAGGUUCAGUUUUACGAGCCGUACAGGCAUACCGUCUAUGUAGACGCUUUUAUCAUGGUGUACUCUGUCUCUGACGAAGCCUCGUUCCUGUACGUCCUCCGCGAAGUUUCCCGGUUGAGGGAAGCUCUGGAUGUUGAUCGUCCCAUCAUUAUGGUGGCAAACAAAACCGACCUAAACCGAAACAGAGUUGUGUCUACUAAAGAAGGUAAAACUGCAGCCCAAGUUUUCAGCUGUAAAUAUGUGGAGACUUCUGUCUCAUUUCAAAUGAAAAUUGAUGAACUCCUUGUUGCUUUAGUGCGACAAAUACGACUCACGCUGGACCCUAAGUCUAUAAAUAGAAACGAGUACAAUAAAUCAAACAGGCACUUCCCAAGGAGAUUUGUCAGAGCACGGACAUUGCUACACAGACUGUUUGGGAAGAAGUCAAAAAGCAGAAGGAAUAAAGAGGCCUGUGAAGAAAUAUUCAAAUUAUGAGUGACAAUUAAAUUGUAUAUUCUUGU